AUGUCUUGGCUUCUUUCCUCCAUUCUUCUUCUUCCUCUUCUUCUUCUUCAUGUCCUGUUUUUAGUAAAUUGCGAUGCUUUAAGAAGUGAUGGGAACUGUAAUUCUUCUUGUGGGAACAUUCAAAACAUCAAAUACCCAUUUCGAUUUGAAGGUGAUCCAGAAAAUUGCGGAAAAAAGAUAUAUGAACUGGCCUGCCACAACAAUCGUCCAGUGCUUAACUUAUUCUCCAGCGGUAAAUACUACUACGUGAAGGCAAUCAACUACAACAACUACACAAUCCGAGUCGUGGAUGUGGGCAUUCAAAACGGAGAGUGCUUCUCCCUCCCUCUUUAUUCUUUAACCUCUGGAGACUUUGGUAGUGAUCGUAAUCCAUAUUAUUAUUAUCAUCCAUCUAGUCCAUAUGAGUUCCAACGGGAGUUUACCCUUGAUGCUGUAGCAGUGUUGAUGGAAUGUGAAAAUCCAGUGAACUCUCCACUAUACAUGAACACCAGUAACAGUGCCUAUACUAGUUGUAUUAAUAAAACAGUCGAGUCUUCUUCUUCGCAAACCCAUUAUUAUUAUUCUUACUUUCUGUUCGGGAACUUGAGAGCGUCGGAUGUGGCAGACCUGUGCAGAAUAGAUGAGAUAGUUGCAACUACCUUGUGGUCUCCAACAACAACAGCAAGUUACAACUCUUCCAGUAAAUUCAUGGAGUUCCACGCACAGUUGGCGUAUGGAUUUGAGCUUUCAUGGGUCCGCAGUCUCUGUAAACAAUGCACAGGCUAUUGCUUCACUGAUCCUACUACCAAUUACACGACCGUCACUUGUUUCAACUACUGCGAUUCCCAAUUCAAGUUCACCUUUCCAUGUGCGUAA